AUGAUCGAUAAUGAUAAAUCUCCGAGCUGCAGUUUAGGAAAUUACGUUCGAAUAUUUCACAAUCCUGUUGCAUCAAGGUUGCACGAUCAUUUUUACGCGACGAGAUCGGAGAGCGAACAACGUAUCGUCACACAAGCGGACUCGAAUCAAUCGUUGGUUGUCUCGAAACAAUCAUCGGACAGCAGUGUUAUUUAUCUGGGAACUUUUCGAAAGAUUCCUGAAUUAAUAAAUCUGGAAGACACCAACGAUGACUGUCGGACAGAGGUGGCCAGACGCGACGAAAUUCAAUCUCCAAAAUUCGAGGUAACGUUGCAGACGAUAUAAUCGAAAAUGCGAAAUUGAUGAGCAGAAACAUAAACUUUAUUACAGAUACAGUGCAACAAAAUUGAAAAUUCAGUACAAUAAUGAUACAUUCGAAGAGGUACUUCCAUUUGCUAAAUAUUACUUAUAAUUUUCCUCUACAGAAGAGAGGCAAAAAUAUGAAGUUGACCGAAAAGAUUCUAAUUCCAUUUGGAGGAGAAUAA